CUGCUGCUGCUGCUGCAACAAGAGACAAGACGCGUCUUGGAUCACAAAUAGGGAUGCAGGGCGCAUGCGCACUGAGCUCCAUUUACUGGAGGAUAUUCACCGUGGAGGAAAAAGGGGGCAGGCAACAAAUCAGGCUUUUUCUAAAAGCAAAAACCCGACGAGUGCAAUGUAAAUAACCUUAAGGAGUGAUACAAAUUAGGAUUAUCAACAGGGAUUUUUUUUCUUUAGGUGUGAUGAGACAAAGGAACAAAGGAUGCCUUAGAGGAGAGGUCGCCUGUACGUCUGGAAACCUCUUCAAAGCACACCGCCAAAUGGAUCUAACGCCUCCCCCUGCCACCUCUAGAUCAUGAUACUUGGCUGAAGCUAUUCCGCUAUCUUUAUGAUCCCUCCUCCAUCUAUGGCGAACUAUAGCCAUGCAGGGGACCACACCAUCUUGCAGAAUGUCUCUCCUCUCGCCACGUUCCUCAAACUGACCUCUCUGGGUUUUAUCAUUGGAGUCGGUGUGGUUGGAAACCUCCUGAUCUCCAUCCUGCUUGUCAAAGACAAGAGCUUGCAUCGAGCACCCUACUAUUUCCUGUUGGAUUUGUGCGCAUCAGAUAUCCUGCGCUCCGCCAUCUGCUUCCCCUUCGUUUUCACCUCGGUCAAAAAUGGAUCUGCGUGGACAUAUGGGACACUGACCUGCAAAGUAAUUGCCUUUCUGGGUGUGCUCUCCUGUUUCCAUACGGCAUUUAUGCUAUUCUGCGUUAGCGUCACACGCUACCUUGCCAUCGCACAUCACCGUUUCUACACUAAAAGGCUGACCUUCUGGACCUGUUUGGCCGUCAUCUGCAUGGUUUGGACAUUGUCGGUGGCAAUGGCAUUCCCGCCGGUGCUGGACGUAGGGACGUACUCUUUUAUCCGGGAGGAGGACCAGUGCACGUUCCAGCACCGUUCCUUCAGGGCAAAUGAUUCGUUGGGAUUCAUGCUCCUGCUGGCACUCAUCCUCCUCGCCACACAGCUCGUUUACCUCAAGCUCAUAUUCUUCGUCCAUGACCGCCGAAAAAUGAAACCCGUCCAGUUCGUUCCUGCAGUCAGCCAGAACUGGACCUUCCAUGGGCCAGGAGCAAGUGGACAGGCGGCGGCAAACUGGCUGGCUGGGUUUGGUCGAGGCCCCACUCCACCUACGUUGCUGGGAAUCCGGCAGAACAGCAACGCCGCGGGUCGCAGGCGUCUUUUGGUGUUGGAUGAAUUCAAAACAGAGAAGAGGAUUAGUAGGAUGUUCUACAUCAUGACGUUUUUCUUCCUGGCGCUUUGGGGGCCCUAUCUGGUAGCCUGCUACUGGCGGGUGUUUGCAAGGGGCCCAGUGGUCCCUGGGGGCUACCUGACGGCGGCUGUGUGGAUGAGCUUCGCCCAGGCCGGAGUCAAUCCUUUCAUCUGCAUCUUUUCCAACAGGGAGCUCCGGCGCUGCUUCAGCACCACCCUCCUCUACUGCAGAAAAUCCAGGUUACCACGGGAACCCUACUGCGUUAUAUGAAGGUUUUGCUGUGUUUUUUUUUUUUCUCAUCUAUGUCUCUAUUUCCCUGAUUGAUCUUGAUAUGGGCUUGUUCCCGUUGUACAGCGCACUCUCUCGUCUAUCUCUCUUCUCUUCAUCCUCCAGUUUUUCCUCCUGUUCCUCCUUCACCUAACCCUUCUUUUCAGAGGUAGAAGGUGGACGGCAAGACACAAGGCUCUGCCGUGGUGGUUAAACAUGAAAUGUAUCAAACAUGGAGGCUGAAGGGAAAGGGAAUACGCAGGAGGUCUGGAUCCCCUCCUGUGUUUAUGUUCUAGUAAACAAGACGUUGGAAGGCCAUGCCAAUGCAGAGAAGCAAAAAGUUGAAAAAGAAAAAAAAAAAGAGAAAAAGAAUUGACAAAACAAUGAAAACAAAAACUCUUUGUUUGGAUAUUUUCAUGAAUCUGUGAGGUGUGACAUGCAUAAAAAUGAAACGAUAAAGAAAAAUGAACAAAAACAAAGAAAUGAUACCUCUCAAGGAAUCACUGGAAAUGUUUUACAUUUUAAGAGUUGCACUAAAAAGAAGAUGUAAAGAUGCUUUUUUUGGUUGCCAGUUGCAUUGCUAGGACAACUUCUUCCUUUCUUUUUUCCCCCCCAAACUAAACAAUGAAUGCUUUAAUUUGCAACAGACUACACAAUCGCUGUAAGUAAAAGCAAAACUUGGUGACUGUUGGAAUACACCACCACAAAAAGGAUAAAAUGGUUUUAAUGUAAAUGAUAUCUUUUUCAUUUACCGGGCAGUG